UAUCGCAACCAAAGAAAACAACAUCCUAUACUCUUAAAAAUGAAAUUUGUCGCAAUUGCCGCUCUUCUACUCGCCACUACUUCGCAGCUCGUCUCCGGCUACGCCAUCAAGGGCGACACGGUCAACUGCCGUUCGGGUCCGGGAACCUCCAGCAAUGUCGUGCGCACAUACAAGAAAGGAGCUCAAGUGACGCUCUCGUGCCAGACGCCAGGCACAAAGGUCAACGGCAACGAGCUCUGGGACAAGACGCAGCACGGCUGCUACGUGAGCGACUACUACGUCGACACAGGCAACGGCUAUGUGGCCAAGAAGUGCCCUGCGCCCAGCAAGCCAAAGCCCGACGACAAGCCGAGCACUGGCGGCGCGGGUCCGAUGAAGGACGACUACCCGUACAAGGGAAGGUGCGACAUCGUCGACAAGUGGCGGUACUACUCGUGCCAGUGCGUCAGCUUCGUCGCCUGGCGCGUCAACUCGCGCCUGGGCAUCAACUUCCACAACCGCUACAAGGGCAAGGCAUGGGGUAACGCCAACCAGUGGGACGACGCGGCGCGUGCCUCCGGCGUCACUGUGGACAACACGCCGAAGCCGGGAGCUGUGGGCCAGACGGACAGCGGCAGCAAGUUCGGACAUGUGGUGUGGGUGGCCAAGGUCUCGGGCAACAGCGUCACGAUUGAGGAGUACAACUACAAGCGCCACCAGUACGGCACGCGGACUGUUCCCAAGAGCUCUUUCAAGUACAUCCACCUCAAGAAGUAG